CGAUGGUCUCGAUCCAAGAAACGAAUUUAUUAUUUCAGCCCAGACACCAAGCAGUCCCAUUGGGAGAAACCAGAGGGAGAUGUCAAGAUCAUUCCUUUGGAUCUUAGUCUGGUUCCAGUAGGUGAUGAUGAGGCCAGCACUGCUCAAAAUCAAAUCCGUGCUUCCCAUCUUCUGGUCAAGCACAGUGGGUCUCGCAGACCAUCUAGCUGGAAAGAGGCCAACAUCAGUCGAUCUAAAGAAGAAGCGAUGCAGAUUAUCCAAAAUUUCCGGGCCAAGAUCGAGUCGGGUGAAGUGGACUUGUCAACCCUUGCUAAAACAGAGAGUGAUUGCAGCUCAGCUUCCAGGGGUGGAGAUUUGGGCAAGUUUGGUUAUGGCCAGAUGCAAGCCUCAUUCGAACAAGCAGCAUUUGCACUUAAAGUGGGAGAACUCAGCAACCCAGUUGUUUCUGAUUCAGGCAUCCAUCUAAUCCUGCGUACAGAAUAA